ACGGCCGGAAGGAGCGUCACUCAGGCCCCGAAGACGUCAUUAAAUCCGCAGAAGGGAUUAUGUCUCGUCCACAGAAUGUGCCCUCAUCGCUGGCUGCGGACGCCCGCUCACUCGCAGCAUCGAAGACGUUCCUCCAACAAACAGACACCGCCCUUCAGCAGCGCCUCACAGCGACAUUUUUGGCGUCACAAGGCAGCACACUCCCCUCCCUUGCUGCUGUAGUGGCAGACCAAGUCCCCAAGAAGGCCGAGCAGAAGCCACCGUCAAGUCGCCGACUGCCGCCAGGAGUUGGCAGAAUCGACGACACGCCCUCACCGGAGGUGCAGCCGUCGGCAAAGGCGCCAGGCGAUGCUUGGCCGGGCACAGCCAGUGAGACAGGAGUUCUCCCGCCUGGCCGUCACCAUCCACCGUCGACUGGUGUUGGUGUUGGGAGUGUUGGGGGUGGCUGGGGGGCAGACUUUCUGAGCCCUCUCCACAGCCACAGUGACGACCUUACCAACUUCUUGUCUGACUCAUCGGACGAUGGGAGAGAGGGACGAAUGGACAAGGCAACAUCCGAACAGACAGACAGCGGCGAGAGCAAGGUACGUACGGUUGAAGUGGCACCAGCAGGCAGGACCUUCGCUCUUCCUUCCUCCCAUCGCGUUUGUGCAGGUCUCCGGCUUGAUCAACCGCACGUUGAGUCAGCCUGACCCAGCCACGGCCACCAACAGCAACAGCUCCUCCCUCGCAGUACCAGCGCUUGACCUUUCAUCGAUCAUCCGGGAGAGGGAGAGGAGCGACGGUUCGGUCCAGCCACCACAGAUUCCCGUGCUGCCGCAGACGGAUGAUGACCUGACGCUGAGCGAAAGUGACUGUGCGGACCAGCAGCACGAGUGCUUCACCAGCCGACUCUGCGAGACACACACCGCUGACUGACUCACGUAUGAGCGAAUGGUGGCGCGUGCCCGUACGUGUGGACUUCGCGCAACAGAUGAAAUCAAAGUUGUCUAAGUACAUGCUACGACGUCAGGCCACUUUCACAAGAGUUGAUCACGGAUAUAUUCAUUGCUUCAUUCAUUCAAUCGUCCAUCGUGUCUCAUUAAACUUUUUGUCUCGUUG